UUUGUUUCAAAAAUUUAUUUUUCUAGUAGACAAGGGAGAUUUCAAGCGAAUUCAACACUUAUGCGAUCUGUAGGAAAUAUGGGGAAGCAACAUAUAAUUUUUCUGGAACUAGUAUUUUUCGGGUUAACUUUUGUUUACGGAGGGUGUCCAUCUGCUUAUAAAAUUCUACCAUGCAAGUGUGAAAUUGACAGUGAAGGCAAAACUAUUAUUAACUGCGGAAACAUUCAGUUGGAAGAAGAUCUUUCAAGUGCAAUGUUUGCUAUGAAAAACCAAAAAAUAUAUAUGUUGCAGCUAGAAAGCUCAAGUUUUAUGUUUUUUCCUGAUGGAUUAUUUAUGGAUCUCAAAGUAGAGGUUUUAAAAAUAAAAAAUUCUAGCAUAUUCUCUUUAGGAGAAGGAAAUACUGCUUUAACUGGUCUUGAAGAUACCCUGGAAGAACUUAGAGUUUCUGACUGUACGUAUGUAAACAAUUGGGUUUGGUCAGAACUUAGCAAAAUGAAAUGGCUUCGUACUUUAGAGAUAUCAGGUUCUAACCUUUUGGAACUACCAAAUCUCAACAUAUCACAUCUGCCCAUUGAAGAACUGAACUUCAAAAAUAACUUCUUUAAUGAACUUCCAUUCCAGGCAUUUAAAAAGUUUACCAAGUUGAAAAGGUUUUCAUUUGACUACAACAACAUUAUAGACAUCAUGAGAUCCAUGCUACCGAUGCCAGCUAAAAAUCUUGAAGCCAUCUCCCUAAGUUAUAAUAAAAUUAAAAGGCUGCCUAUAAAUGCUUUCGACCAAAUGCCUGCUUUGAAGUAUCUGUACUUGGGAGGAAAUCCAAUGAAGACUUUAAAUGAAGAUGUUUUUAAGCCAGUGUGGAAUCAAUUGAAAAUGGCGCUUUUUCACAGUUGUCCUUUGGUUUGCGACUGUCAGAUUCUCUGGAUACCAAAAUCAAAGCAAUCAAAAAUGGUUUUGAUCGGUGGAACAUGUGACUCACCUAUGCAAUUAAAAGACAAAAGACUUACUCAAUUACUCCCUAAACAUUUUCCAUCAUGUUAGUCAUAACAGAAAAAAUGAAAGAUUAAGAAAAAGAAAAACUCUCCUCCGAGUUGGGCCUUAAAAAGCAUCUUGACUUUAUUUGAGGGAUGAGGUUUAAAGAUUAAACGAACUUAAAAUUUACUAUUUAUAAAAAAUUAGGGUUUAGUCUAUUAUUUAUUUUUUUUAACGGUUGAAUCGAAUAAACUAAAACCAAACUGAUAGAAUAACAAAUUCGAAGUUAUAAGGGUUUAUUUAUGUAUAAUGUAUGAAAAGAUUAAUUUUUAGAUCGAAUUCUGACAUUUCUAUCCAUAUAUACUUAUAGGAAUAAAUAUUUCACUUUUUUAUUAUA